AUGGGUGCCUUACUCUCUAUCCCGUUGCUGGCCGUGCCGAGUGUUGGUACAUUAAUCACGGUCGCAACAUCAUGCUGUGGAGCUGCGACAUGUUCUGCGGUCUGCAGUGCCUGUGGAAAGUUUCAAAACAGUAUGGCGACGAGAAUCGCCUAUGCCUUCAUCCUUUUGAUCAACUCUAUCAUAUCCUGGAUUAUGCUCACGCCGUGGGCCUUGAAGAAAUUGCAACAUUUGACGCUCGAUUAUAUGGAAAUUCGAUGCGACGGGAAGGAAUGUCAUGGCUGGGUCGCAGUCCAUCGCAUUAACUUUGCUCUCGGCCUCUUCCAUUUGAUUCUUGCAAUUUUGCUCCUCGGGGUUAAGAGCUCGAAAGACAGUCGUGCUGCUCUUCAGAAUGGAUACUGGGGCCCGAAGGUCAUCCUCUGGGUGGCCUUUGUGGUCAUGUCGUUCUUCAUUCCCGAGCCCUUCUUCUUUGUCUAUGGCAACUACAUCGCCUUCUUCUGUGCCAUGCUCUUCCUCCUCUUGGGACUGAUUCUUUUGGUUGAUCUUGCACACUCGUGGGCCGAGCUCUGCUUGCAAAAGAUUGAGGACAGUGACUCUCGUGUGUGGCGCGGCCUGCUGAUUGGUUCAACCCUCGGCAUGUACUUGGCAUCUAUCGUUAUGACUAUACUGAUGUAUGUCUUCUUCGCGAAUAGCGGUUGCUCUAUGAACCAGGCUGCAAUUACCAUUAACAUGGUCGUAUUUUUGAUCGUAUCUUUCGUUUCUGUUCAACCAGCAGUGCAAGAAUCGAACUCUCGUGCAGGUCUGGCUCAGGCAGCAAUGGUCACCGUGUACUGCACCUAUCUCACCAUGUCUGCCGUUUCGAUGGAACCGGAUGACAACAAUUGCAACCCCUUGAUUCGCUCCCGCGGAGCUAGGACUACUACCAUCGUUCUUGGGGCGAUCGUUACCAUGCUGACUAUCGCCUACACUACUACUCGCGCUGCCACCCAAGGAAUUGCCCUAGGAUCGAAGGGAGGUCACAGCUACAUCCAGCUGGGCACGGAUGACGAACAUGGCCUGGUUACUCAACAACCAAAUAUCCGUCGAGAAAUGCGUGCUGAAGCCCUCCGUGCCGCAGUUGAGAGCGGUAGUCUUCCUGCCAGUGCUCUGGACGAAAGCGAUGACGAGGACGACUUUGAGACCACCAAGGAUGACGAGCGUGGUUCCACUCAGUACAACUACUCGCUUUUCCAUAUCAUCUUUUUCCUUGCCACGACUUGGGUGGCCACUUUGCUGGUCCAGGGACUGAAUCUGGAAACCACGGCAGACUUCGCACCCGUGGGGCGCACGUACUGGGCUAGCUGGGUGAAGAUUGUCAGCUCCUGGGUCUGCUAUGCUAUUUACCUAUGGACCCUAGUUGCGCCUGUCAUGAUGCCGGAUCGCUUCGGUGUUUAUUAG